AGAGCCGUGAUGUCAUGGAAGCGUCCCUCCACCACGAGGUGCCGCAAUGUUUAAAAGUUAAGAGAAGAGGAAAUACAGACUCACAUGAGUCUAUGCAGCAGCGAGAUGGAGAAGAAACUACAGCUGUGUGUCCUCAUGCUUCAGCUGCAGGUGUCACUUGCAGUUUGGCAGCACAUAUCAGUGAUGAAAGGUCACACACUAAACCUAAACUGCCCCCUCAAAAGCCAGUUCCCCGAUCACGCAGUGGAGUGGAGGAACACAGAUGGUAAUAUUAUGUUCUUCAACAUGAUUCAAGGUGUGAAAGACAAACGCUACAGACUUCAUAAGUUGUCUGAGUCCGAAUUCCGCAUCAGUAUUUCCAAAGUUACGUUCAGUGAUGGAGGGAUCUACACCUGCUCCCAUUACCUCCCCCAAGCUGAGAGCAAGAGAGUGAAUGUUACAGUGAUAGGCAAGCCUCGGAUUGAACGUACAACCCACGAGGGGUGGACUGUCAUCAGGUGUACAGCUGAGGCCAAUUAUUCUCCUCCAAAUCUCUCCUGGAAGUUCAAGAAUGGACUGGAGUUUCUCCAUGAUGAAACACAAAUCCAUAUGGUCCCUUUGGAAAAAAAAUAUGUUUCUAUUCAGACCAUUUAUGUUAAACCAGCUGAAAAGACCUUCGCUGUAAAAUGCAUAAUGCGACACCCGGCUUGGCACUCAUGGAUUCCCCUCAUGGACUUCGUCAACAUCAGACCAAACAAACGAAAAGGACAUCCGAAAACUACAACCUUUCCAGAGAGAACGCCAGCACCAGUAACUGCAAGAGAACCAACUAGUGACCACUUCCCCACAACAACACAAAAUGAGAUUCUUACAACAGUGUUUUCAACCAUUCCUCCACAGUUUAGUACAGGAAACUCUUUACCCACAACAGAAGAGAAAGCUGCUGAAGCCUCCACAGCAGAAAAACAGGAUCUGACUUCAGAGAUUUCUAGAAACACUCCACAGUCCAGUACAGAUGCUGUGGAAACUACAGAGCUCCCUAUGAACACCUCACAAAUCAACAGCACUGAAGAGGCCUCUACAGUGAACUCAACCACAGAAAGAAGCGGAACAUUAAACACUUCAGGCAAUUGGCUAACAGUGAACAUUUCCUCUACUGAAACCACAAGGAACAGUACAGGAGUUGACUAUGACGUGGAAAAGAGGGAAGGGAAAGACUCAAACACAUCUCUUCUCGUCUUCCUGAUCACGUGCCUUAUGGUCGGACUUUUGGUGGUCGUUAUAUUUAUAGGCAUCAAACUGAGGAAAGCACACAUCAUUUGGAAACGAGAAAAUGAGGAGACGGUGUCAUCUGAAGUCAGCAGUAAAUCCAAAUCAAGCCAAGAGGAGAAAAACACCAGAAGGAGAAGAGGGCUCUUCAACACAGGACUCACACAGUACGUCAUCCAGGAGCCAACAGUCAUCACCUCAGUGACAAACCCAGCUGCCAUGACACCUCCAGAGACUACGACCAGUGAACAUAACUCUGCAGCCCCAGUACCUCCACCGGCUCCACCUCUGAAAUCUCCUGUCAAGGAAACAGAGCUAUAAACUACAAACAUUGGUUCUUUGGUCAUGUGUAGCUCUUCUUGUGUAAAUUUCUUGUAUAAAAAAGUAUAAAAGUACUGUACUGUGCAUUAUGUAAA